AUGAACGCCGAGAACAAGUCGCUGGACCUUGAGAGUGGAGCAGUAUUUGUCGGCAGGCAGUCGGAGCCGAAAAGAAGCUGUUUCUGGCCGUCCCUGUGUGCGGUGGCUGUGCUCGGCUUGUUGGCUGUGUCUUCCUACCUCGCACUCUGUCAGCUCGGAGUUCUCCCUUCCAAGCAGGAGACAUCACUGAACUCAAAAACUGACCCAGCACAGGACGCGAACAACGGUUCAGCUGUGACAACAGUUCCUGGGAGCGCUGGUUCGCCUCAUCACAUGAAGCAGGUGGGAGAUGACCGGAGAGAUAAAAUCGCAGCUCACUUGAUAGCUUUGUCAACCGGACAAAAGAACGUGAUUUGGCAGGAUGGGACAGAUUCCACAUUCACCGAGGGUGUGGAGUUCAGGGACAACAGUCUCAUCAUCAAGACCCCUGGUCAGUACUUUGUUUACGCCCAGGUGGUCUUCUACAGCAAGGGCUGUCAGGACAACGCUGUCUAUCUGGGCCAUGAGCUCGUCAAGCUGUCAUCGAGUUAUCCAGAGGAAGCCUUGUUACUGAAGGCCACCAAGUCCGUCUGUCACUAUGGCCAGCACGGAGAGCCCUGGUACAAAACCUCCUACCAGGGAGCCAUAUUCGAGUUUGAGGAGGGAGAUCAGAUCUUCUCCAGGGUUAACGAGGAGGUGGUGGGAUACGUCGACACUACCCGAGGAAAGAGUUUCUUUGGAAUGUUUGCUGUGUAAGGAUCUUGCGUCACUCCUGGCGAUUAACGAUGACUGAUCAAGAAUUUCAUAUUGAAAUACAGCAAAGACUGUUUGGGGCA